CUCGUCACGUGACCGAUUUUAGUUCGUUAAUACGAGUGCGAGAGGCGCUGAAACUCGUUUGAACAGAAUUUGUUUGUGAUACCAUGUGCACUGUACUAUUUUUCUAAUUCUCUUAUAUUUUUGUAAAAGAAUCCAAUUUCAAAGAUGCCAAAAUCAAAGAGGGACAAGAAAGUAUCUCUCACUAAAACCAAUAAAAAGGGUUUAGUUUUGAAACAGCGAAUCAUAGAAGAUGUUAAGAAAUGUGUAGAAGACUACAAUCGCAUAUUUUUAAUCUCUGUUCAAAAUACACGCAAUACUAAGCUUCUUGAGUUGCGUACAGAAUGGAAUGAUAGUAGACUUUUUUUUGGUAAACUUAGAAUAAUUGCAUUGGGUCUAGGAAAGACACGAGAGACUGAGGUUGCAGAUGGCAUACAUAAAUUAGCUAAUGCGAUAAAGAAUCAUUCGAUGAAAGGUCAAUGUGGUCUGUUAUUCACUAAUAGAUCAAAAAAAGAGGUAAUUGAAUGGGCAGAAAAAUAUGAAGAAAUGGAAUAUGCUCGUUCUGGAUUUGUAACACCUGAAACAAUCGAAUUACCCGAAGGACCUUUGCCACAGUUUCAACAUAGUAUGGAACCUCAGCUAAGACAAUUGGGUAUGCCUACCUCAUUGCAAAAGGGAAUUAUCACUUUAAUUAAACCAUUCAGAGUUUGUCAGAAGAAUGAUGUAUUAACACCAGAGCAAGCACAAAUUCUGAAAUUAUUGGACAAACCGCUAGCAGUUUUCAAGUUGUUACUUUUGGGAAUAUAUACAAAAAAACAUGGUUUUAAAAAACUUAAAGUACCAGAUAACGCAACAAAAAAUGAUGGAGAAGAAAUGGAUGUAGAUAAUAAUGAUAACACGUGAAAAUUAUAAUUUUAGAAAAAAAUAUGUGUGUAUAUAUAUGAUUUUAUAU